CACUGGCUUAGUAGGAGCCGGACCUCAGGGCAGAGGUUAGCCUCAGUGCUGCGACCCUCGGGGGAAGAAGAUGAACGGGACGCGGAACUGGUGUACCCUGGCGGACGUGCACCCGGAGGGACAGACCGCGGGCAGCGUGGACAUUCUCAGGCUGACUCUCCAGAGUGAACUGACAGGAGAUGAACUUGAACACAUAGCCCAGAAGGCGGGCAGGAAGACCUAUGCUAUGGUGUCAGGCCGCUCAACCAGUCAUUCUCUGGCCUCAGAGCUGGUGGAAUCCAACGACGGACAUGAGGAGAUCAUUAAGGUGUACUUGAAGGGGAGGUCUGGAGACAAGAUGAUCCAUGAGAAGAAUAUUAACCAGCUGAAGAGUGAGGUCCAGUACAUCCAGGAGGCCAGGAACUGCCUGCAGAAGCUCCGGGAGGAUAUAAGUAGCAAGCUCGACAGGGAUCCAGGAGGUUCUUUCCAUGAACAGGAGAUACAGGUGGUGCUAGAAAAGCCAAACGGCUUGAGUCAGAGUCCCACGACCCUGUGUAGCAGCCCGCCUGAGGCGGACAUCUGUAUAAAUGAAGAUGUUGAGAGCUUGAGGAAGACUGUGCAGGACUUGCUUGCUAAGCUACAGGAGGCUGAGCGGCAGCACGAGUCAGACCGUGUGGCUUUUGAGGUCACACUCAGUCAGUACCAGAGAGAAGCAGAACAGAGUCGUGUGGCCCUUCAGAGAGUGGAGGACAGAGCGGAGCAGAAAGAGGCGGAAGUUGGAGAGUUGCAGAGGCGCUUGCUAGGAAUGGAGACGGAGCAUCAGGCCUUACUGGCGAAAGUCAAGGAAGGUGAGACAGCCCUGGAGGAACUUCGGAGCAAGAAUGUUGACUGCCAAGCAGAACAAGAAAAGGCUGCUAACCUGGAAAAGGAAGUGGCUGGGUUGCGGGAGAAGAUCCACCACUUGGAUGACAUGCUUAAGAGCCAGCAGCGGAAAGUCCGGCAAAUGAUAGAGCAGCUCCAGAAUUCAAAAGCUGUGAUCCAGUCAAAGGACACCACCAUCCAGGAGCUCAAGGAGAAAAUUGCCUACCUAGAAGCAGAGAAUUUAGAGAUGCACGACCGGAUAGAACACCUGAUAGAAAAACAAGUCAGUCAUGGCAACUUCAGCACCCGGGCCAAGACGGAGAACCUGGGCAGCGUUAGGAUAUCCAAGCCUCCCAGCCCAAAGCCCAUGCCUCUCAUCCGAGUGGUGGAAACAUGAGCGGAAAGAGACGGAUGCUGCUGUUGCCGCCACCUCUCGCCUGCGGAGAAGCCCACCACCCCUGUAGGCUGUUAGCACUGGUGUUGACCUCCUUACUGUUCCCUGGCUGCACUCAGGGCUUGGGGUUCAUGUGUCCCGCCAUUUCCAAACUCCUGUCCUCUGUAUGCUGGGUGGAUGGAGGAUGGACAACCCCUCUGGGCGCUGUAGCCUUUUGGAGGACGGCAUCCUGCUGGCAGGAGCCAGGGCAGUAGUACCCUUAUUCCUGUAGUUACUAUUCUUCUCUAUAGCAGAGCCUCCCUUGUGUUGUAGCCUGGAGUGCAGCUGCCCCAGAAGCCAGGCCUUCAUCAGGUCGGGAGAGGUGACCAGAUUUACUUCAGCCCUAGAAGCUGGAGGCACAGAUGUCCACAGUGAUUGGAGAGUGUCCUGGGGGAAGGAAGUUUCCUCCACAAACACAGCUCAGUUCUUAGCAACAAACUGUUUUCUACUUGCUCCACCCUCAGUGCAUGCUGACCGGGUCUCCUACAGUUAGACAAUGCAGCUACCUGUCGUGGUCUGGUCAGAGUCAGUGAGCCUCGACUUUGACUGGAUGGCCUUGUCUUCCUGGGGAGAAGGGAAUGUCCAUUCAGGGAGUAGCUUUCAGCAGAAAGAUCCUCUACGGCCACGGACAGUUACAUGUGACUUCUCUCUGCUGUGAAGACUCCUAUAAUCUCUUAGGGUUUCCCCUAAGAUGCAGUGCAAGGUACACCUCAGUCUUCUUGACUCAGAACCUAAAAACUGUUUUCACUGGGUUUCAUCAAUCUCAGUGAAACUGAUUGUAUUUAUUUUGCUAAAUUAUUGGUGUUUUGCUUACAUCUCACUACAGAUUUAAUAGUAGAGCUCUACAGCCUUCUCUUUCAGUGUUUGCAUUUGCUCAACACUGGGAAAAUGUCACUCCCGCUGGACUUGUUGAUUUCAGAAUGACAUUGUUAUAAAUCUUUUUCUCUCUUUCCUCUGCCUGCUUUUUUCCUUUCCUCCUCCUAACCUGCUCUGUACCUCAGGAGGGACGUAUAUUUGUCCUGAGGUGUCUGGGUCUGUGUGUUGUUUGGGGAAAGAAGGCAAUCAGGACUCUUGGGGAGGGACUGAGUUCUUCCCCUAACCCCUCUGCACCCCUCUGCUCUGUAAUCUGUUUUCUUGGCUCUGAACGACCUGCCACUCAUCGUGUUCUGUUUAGGGCUCUUCCUACAGCCUCAAGAAGGAGGCACACAUCAGAAUGUGGCACUGUAGGACACAGAAAAAUUAAAAACAAACGUGGAUUAAGUCUUUAGGUUCUACCUGGCUCAAAACCAGAAGUCUACAUCUGUGUGUUUCUGUGUUCCAAGACUGGGCUCACGUGUGGCUUUGUCCAUAUGGCGUUCUGAUGUUCUUCACGCAGCUUCCUCAUUUGUGAAACAAGGGGUCAGAUCCGGUGAUCUCCAUGGGCCCUUCUAGUCCUGAUAUUUCUUUCUCUGUCGUAUUCUUUCUAUGGUGAAUUUAAUAAAUUAUGUUAAUAUGUCUCUUUGA